AUGUUUGUUUAUGGUUUCCAAAGAGUCAAGCUUGACAGUAAAAAUCCAGCAAUUCUAUGCCGAAGAUCUCUGGAUGACAAAUUUACUGCAUGCUUGACUUCCAAGGAGCUUAGAAUACUAAAUUCUAUAACAUUAUCGGAUAAACCAUUAGCAACUUUCAGGCUUCCCGACGAAAAAUUCAAAGAAUACGGUGAUUUUACAACUUUUGAGUGGACAUCUAAUAGAUCUAUAAUGGCAUUAACAAAGAAUCAUGUAGUUUCCAUUCUUUCAAUUAAUGAAUACGGUACAUUCGUCAAUUCAAGCUUUGUAUCCAUCAAUGGUGAGAUUACAGCAUGCUGUGCGGUCGACGACCAUAUUGCAGUUGCUCUCGCCGGUCCAGUUAUUCAAACAAUUACACUAACCGGUGAUGUUGUAGGCGAGUACAACAUACAAUCAGACGAUGGCGCUGCCAUAAACUGUCUCAAAAUUGUCGACGAAGUUGCUUUAAUGUCAUUUGAGAAUGGUAAAUUUGCUACAGCCCAAAUUCACUUUGGUGGAGUUUUUGAAAGCCGCUCAAUUAAAGUUAAUUAUACGAUGUUUAAUAAUACAAAGGAAUUCAUCGUUUCUCCUGAUUCAAUGGCUCUCUCAAUCCUUCAUAGUAACGGAGUUUUAUCUUUCAUUACAAACUUAACACCUUCGACUCCAGAGAUUAAACUUGUGAAAAACUGUAUACGUAGCGUCUGGAGUUCGAGAGGUUCUUACCUUUUUGCUUUAUCUCAUGAAGGAGAUAUAAUUAUUAUAAAUUAUAAGAAUAGAAGCAAAACGAAGACAAAAUUAGAAUUAGAUUUCGAUCCAAAUUCAUGUACAGCAUUUGAAUUUUCUUGGGAUUAUUCCCAAUUAAUUUUAUCUUUUCCAACCGAGUUAAUUUUUGUUGAUAUUGCAAUGACAGACUUAUAUUCACCAUCACUUGUGUUCCACACCAGCCAAAAGGUCAUUUUUGGUUGCGAAAAGUCUGUUAUCGAAGGUCCCAAAGAAUUACUUUCACGCGGCUUCACAAUCAAGUAUGCCGCCGCAUCACCAGACUACAAUUACAUUGUUAUAGCAGGAAAGCGAGGUUUCGCGUAUUAUUCAGCCGAAAAAGAUAAAUGGGUUUUUAGCGCUGACAGAUUGAAUUCCUGUCAGAGCAUCUGGUUCCAAGAAGGAUAUUUUGUUGCGAUAGCCCAAGAAGAGACAGAUAACUCAUGGAAAUUAUUAUUGUUAUCUCCUGACCUUAUUACGAUAGUUCAUACAGUCAAUCUUGAUUCUCCGGCUGUAUUUGUUAAUCAUGUUGAGUCAAAACUAGUUUUAGGAACCAAAAAGUCGAUAGAAUUAUAUUUUAUUCACAAACAGAAGAUUAAUCUAGUAGAAAAGCACAAUCUCGCAUGUAGACUAUCCAAUGGUGCUCUUUAUGAUUUUUCCAAUGGAAUUUUGACUCUAAUUGAUGGAAAAUUAACAGUUUUAUGUUCAGAUGAGAAAAUUGCUGACAAUGUGAUUACUAUUUUCACAACCCAGCAAUCUCCUAUUAUUUUCAUCCUAACAGAAGAUAAUUCUUAUGUUUAUGUUCACAAACGAUUAAUAACUUUGAAAAAGAAAUUCGUCUGUGAAAUGAUUGUCGGUGUUUGCGCUUUCAGUUUGGCUAGUAGAUACAAAGUAGGCGAACUUAAGCUCAAAAGACAUCCAUUCCUUGCAAAUAUACUCAUGGAAUUCCUUGAUGAGCCUCAAAAACUUUAUUCUAUCUCGAUGACCUUCCUUUCUGAUGCUUUUUCACUUGUUGAGUUCGUAAAAGUGAUACAAGCGUACUUCGAUACAGGAAAGACAGACAAAAUGAAAGCUUUGAUGGCCAGGUUCGACACUUCUAAGUCUCAUUUGCUUUUGGCAGCUUUACUUCUACUUCCUGAGAAAUAUCAGCCCGAAAUAGUUAAAAUGAUGCCAAACUACGACAUGCUGAUAAAGAAAUUCCCUCAGUACGGAGAGCAGUUGAACGAAAUAUAUCAACAAAAAUAA